AUGGAAUCAGUCCCUCAAGUACAGAAAAUUGUUGACGGACUCGGCACUCAAGUCGACGCCCUUAAACCUCUCUUGGAAGAUUUACUCACAGAAGACGUUGAAGACCUAUCACCAUUAGACCAAGCAAACCAUUAUGCUGCUAUCACAUAUGCCUUAGACGCAGUUAUUUUUGCAUACUUGAAAUCUAUAGGUGCCGACCCAAAGAACCACCCAAUUAGCACAGAACUUCAACGCGUCAAGGCCACAAUGACACGCCUGGCAGCAGCCAAAAAUAAGCCAGGAGAAGGAUUAUCAACUUCAUCAAUUCCAUCUACAGAGCCUUCCCGACCACGGAUAGAUAAGGAAGCAGCUGCGCGGUUUGUCAAGCACUCACUGGGUACCGGAAGUAGUGGUGCAACAACAAACAAAAACAAUUCAGAUGCACAAGCUACUGAGUUUUUAAAGCAAAUGUCACAGUCUAUUGCUAGCAAGAAAAAAUAA